AAAUAAUUCGUUAUCAUAUAUUUGUUUAUUUCCACUCUCGCUUUCCUGAUCACAGUUCACUUCGCGGGUUGACCGUGGAAAGACCUCUUUUGUAAUAACAAAUUAUCGCGCUAAAUUGUCAGUGUAAGUUUUGUUAUUAAACGGUAAACUAAUAUGGAUCCGCACGAUGAUGAAGCUCCAAAGGACCCAAGAGUGGAAAAGCUUAAACAAUCUUUUGGUGAACUAGAUUUUGAGGGACAUAGAGCGCACAGCGUCUUUGUCGGUGUCCACGCUCCAACAGACAGAAGACAUUCACAUCGUCAUAAGAAACAUCACAAAAAUUCUGAAGGAGACAAAUCGGCUUCUGAAGAGGAGAGGCCAAGUAAGUUGUGUGUUAAAGUUUAUAUUUCAAUAACAUCUAUGGAUCUACCAUCUAAGAGGGAUGGUUAGGUGUCCAAACUUAAU